GAAAUUAGAAAGUGCAGCAGACCAAACUAGCGAUGGGUGGUGUACACGUCUUUGGUUUUGACCAACGACGACAGCGACAGACGAAGAUUUUUCAUCAUACAAAUCCUUUCCUUGUCUUUAUAUUUUCUUUUAAUUUAAUAUCCUCUGUUGCUUCUUGUAAUUUUCUCUGUUUUUUCCUUGUUCUCCUUCGCUCCAUAAAGAUUCAACUCUUAUUGCUUAAUCGGACAAGAAACCUCGAUCUCUAUAAUGGGAAAUUGCUUGGAUUCUCCUGCAAGAGUAGAUAACAGAGAAAGCUCUUUUGGAGGGUCAUCGAGAAUUUCUCCUAAACCGAGUCAGCCAUCUCGACUCUCAAGCCUCAUAAUACCCUCUUACAGCAACAGAAGCUUCACUAGUUCAUGGUCAGUUCAUACACCGAGAAGUGAAGGAGAGCUCUUACCUUCUCCAACACUAAAGGCCUUUACAUUCAACGAGCUCAAAACCGCAACAAGAAACUUCAAACCCAACAAUCUUAUCGGUGAAGGCGGUUUUGGUUAUGUCUAUAAAGGUUGGAUUGGUGAGCAGUCUUUGUCGCCUUCGAAACCAGGGUCAGGUAUGGUUGUUGCAGUCAAGAAACUUAAAUCAGAAGGGUUUCAAGGACACAAAGAGUGGUUGACUGAGGUUCAUUAUCUAGGGAGGCUUCAUCACAUAAAUCUUGUGAAGCUCAUUGGAUUUUGCUUAGAGGGCGAGAAGCGGCUUUUGGUUUACGAGUACAUGCCCAAAGGAAGCCUUGAGAACCAUCUAUUUAGAAGAGGCGCAGAUCCGGUUCCGUGGAAGACAAGGAUGAAAGUUGCAAUAAGUGCAGCGAGAGGACUUGCUUUCCUCCACGAAGCUAAAGUCAUAUACCGUGACUUCAAGGCCUCUAAUAUUCUACUUGAUUCGGAGUUCAAUGCAAAGCUAUCUGAUUUCGGAUUGGCAAAAGCAGGACCAACAGGAGAUAGAACCCAUGUGACAACUCAAGUGAUGGGCACUCAAGGCUACGCAGCACCUGAAUACAUAGCAACGGGCCGGUUAACUGCCAAGAGCGAUGUCUAUAGCUUUGGAGUGGUGCUUCUCGAACUACUCUCGGGACGUCCCACGGUAGAUAAAUCGAAAGUAGGAGUGGAACAGAAUCUGGUGGAUUGGGCAAUACCUUAUCUAGUGGAUAGGAGAAAAGUGUUUAGAAUAAUGGACACAAAGCUUGGAGGGCGUUACCCGCACAAAGGGGCUUGUGCAGCAGCCAACAUUGCAUUGCGGUGUCUUAACACAGAAGCUAAGCUGAGACCGGAGAUGUCUGAUGUCUUGUCUACUUUACAACAGCUUGAGACUUUGACAAAGACGGGCUCUACUCCAAACGCAAUCAUGUCUCCUUCAUCUGUGUCGGAGAAUCGCGGGAGAUCUCUACGUUCAAGGUACGUUUUUGGGGUCACACCAGUUGGUAUAGCUAGUAAAAGCUGUCCCUACUUUUGUAAAGUUUCUUAUCAUGUAAUCACAUCAUCAAAGCAAAAAAGGUGGUCUAGAUAUUAAGACCAACAUUAUCAGUUAGUCCCUUAAGGGUCCCUAAGGAGGGGGAGGGGCCACAAAACAUCAGGACCGAGGAAAAAAGAAGAGAAAAAAUCCUUAAAUAAGGGACAAAUGAGGUGAGUCCUUGUAAAUCCUUGUACUAUUCAUUUGGGGACUUUUAUCUGGGGACCUAUUGAUAAUGUUGCCCUUAGUGUGGUGGCACUUCGGAUUAGAUGCAGUCUUGUGGAAAUUGCUUUCCAGAGUUUGAAAAAGAAUUGUUUGAGGAACUUAGACAUUUAAGAUUAUAAGUAUUCAUUAUGUGAUCCGUGCAAACUAAUAUAGGUAAGCCUAGAGUCCUAAACGCUCAAUUGGUACUAUGGACUAAUAAAAGAAAGCUAAGUAGUGCUCUAUAAGGAUAUACAAAAGAUUUAUUGUGCUCAACCAACACCGUAAAUUUCUUUAAAAAAAAGUAAGAUUGAUCAAAUAGUAUAUUUCCAACCAAACUAGUCUUUUGAACUGAAAAUACCAAAUGAGUCCAGGAGUUCCCCCAAACACUUCAGUGGAAUACAUUUUGAUAGAAAAUAAAUGGUAUCUCCAAUGAAGUGCUCAGAGGAACUCUAGGAAACAUCUGACCAAAUGAUGUUUGUUUUCUUUUCCAUAUAUAUUUUGGUGGCAGGUAAGUUUACACGAGUAUUAUGUUUGAAAAGUUUAGAGGGAUUGACGUUUAUAUAUAUAGAGUUGGAGGCAUUGUGAACUUAGACAGGAAUUCAGGUUAAGGGAUUUAGCUGAAGGAAUCAAAUAUUUCAAGAAAAGUUCAUAUAAUCUUUUACCUUUCAACAGCUUUUUGCAAGAUAAGAAGGAUCACACUAAUGACACUAUAUACGCAUAGAUGCCAAUAAACGUUCAUGUACACUCAUAUACAUGCAAAUGUACACAUGAAUGCUUUGCUUCUGUUGUGCCCAUAUGUACUACUGCUCCAGUUUUAGA